GUGUCGCACGAUGGGAACCCAAUAUUCUCCGUGGCCAUUCACCCAGACGGCUCUCGAUUUGCUACCGGGGGACAGGGCAAAGACUCGGGGGUGGUCGUUAUUUGGAACAUGGCUCCAGUCCGGAGCGCAGCAGACGAGGCCAACGAGGCCAUCCCGAAGGUUCUGUGCGAGAUGUCCAACCACCUUGGCUGUGUAAACUGUGUCCGAUGGUCCGUGGACGGUAAAUGGCUCGCCAGCGGUGGGGACGACGCGAUAGUCAUGAUAUGGUCAGUCAAGUACCAGGGAGGGGGCGGAGGGGGAGCUAGUCUCGGCUUCGGGACAGAUCUAGAGCGAUGGGGGUGUAUCCACAUGUUGCGAGGGCACAAUGGUGACGUAUUAGACCUCUCCUGGUCUCCCGAUCAAAAGUACCUCGCCUCCUGUAGUGUGGACAAUACGAUCAUCAUCUGGAACGCUCGUGAGCUACCCCAGAAGGUCUCCACAGUCGCUGGCCACAGAGGACUAGUGAAAGGGAUCACGUGGGACCCUGUCGGGAAGUAUCUCGCCUCCCAGUCGGACGACCGCAGUGUUCGGAUCUGGAGGACUAGCGACUGGUGCGAGGAAAAGGUGAUCACGGAGCCGUUCCGACGAUGUGGUGGAACCACUCACAUACUGAGACUCAGCUGGAGUCCUGAUGGAAGAUACAUCGUUUCGGCCCAUGCCCUCAACAAUGACGGACCCACUGCCCAGAUCAUAGAGCGAGGCGACUGGAAGAUGGGGGUGGACCUUGUCGGCCAUCGGAAGGCCGUGGAGGUAGUCUCUUUCAACCCUCAUCUCUUCUUUAACGACAGGAGCUCCAAGGAGAGUAACCACGGGUGUAUAGCGGUGGGGAGUCGCGAUCGCUCCCUCUCCAUCUGGCUAACAAGUCUCAAACGUCCGCUGGUCGUAACUCACGACAUGUUUGUCGACUCGAUCAUUGACAUCGCGUGGAGCUGUGACGGAUACGAGCUAAUGGUGGCGUCCACAGACGGUUCCCUCGGCUACCUCUCAUUCUCACAGAAGGAGCUCGGAGUCCGACUCCCCAAACAAGCCCUGGACAACCUCUUCCUGGAGAUCUACGGCUGUGCCAGAGCCAGUCUCGGACACUCCCUCAGUGACCAGGGUGAGACUAAGACAUCAGACCAGAGACCCAGUGGACUGGAGGUACAAUUGCUGAGCCCCCCUGCCAAACCUAUCAGUUUUGAACCACUCUCACCAAAACCCUCCAAGACAAAGCCACUGGCUCCGCCCAUCUCUCCCUCCUCCACCAAGCCCAGCCACAAGCGGCGGCUCCUGGACACGGAGGCCAGCGGGGACCCCCUACCUCGAGCCAAGAGACAAAAGAAGCACAGGAGCCUCGAUCCUGCCUCACCUCCUCAAUCAAAACCCCCCUGUACUCCACAGAAAGGCUCUGGUUCUAGUAGUGCUGUGACAUCUUCGCACACAAAGUCGACCUCGACACUAGUGUUGCUUCCAGUCCCGACUCCCCAGAGUACACUCACUGUACAGCUAGUGGCUGGGAUUGGGGCUGGGGCUGGUGUGGCUGGGGGUGAGCCCCUCAAUCUUGAGGUUGAUAACACCAGACCAAAGUGCUGUACCGUCACCUGUAAGAGAGGGGCAGAUGUGAAAUGGAGGUCGUCCCUGUUGUCUCGUGGGUUGAUUGCCACAGGGAAUCACUGUAUCACUUGUGUCGUGUGCGAGGACCACACCAUGUCAGUGUUCUCGAGUCAGAGUGGACGGAUGUUGCUGGCACGAUUCUCAACUCCCGCUCCUCCUCACGACGUAAAGGUCUCGGGCUACUGUGCGAUGCUCGUGACUGCAGACGCCAGUGUCAGAGUAUGGGACAUGCAGAAGACGGAGUUACUAGUGAGAGACACGUCUUUUGCUCACUUGCUCAAACGGAGCGAGAAAGUUUCGCUCAGUAGUUGCAACCUCGCCCCGGUAGGGACCCCCAUACUGUCCCUCUCAGACUCCACCAGCUAUCUCUACCACUCUGGGAUGGGGGUGUGGAUGGAGGUGUCCAACGCUAACGAAAACACCGAGAUUCGUGGCGGGAUUGCGGCGGACUUCGAAGCAACGACUUCAAUGGAACUUGCUCACCUCCAGAGGAUUCAGUCAGCUGCACUCUCGAGUCACCACCCAACCACUGGACAGUGUCUCACCAGACUCCGAGACACGGAUGGAAAACUAGCAACUGCCUCGUUCCUGGAGAGCCAGAUAUCGCGUAGCCUAUCUCUCCAGUCUCCGGUGGAGCACCAGCACUGGUGCAGGGUGUACGUGAAGUUCCUGGUGAGGGAAGGACUGGAGGAGAGACUGAGGGAGUUCUGCAUGCAGUUCUGCCGACCAGGAGGGGGAGGGGGAGAGGGAGGGGUGGUUUUGGGGUUUGGGGUGCGUGGAAUGGCGAGAGAUUUCCUGAGUGAUAUUGCAGGGAAUGCCAAACUUCAGAGACUCUACUGCGAGUUACGUGAUGCACUGGACAGCCCUUCUCAAUGA